AUCUAACCUAAACGAUUUGUUAUGAUUAUAUAUUUCCUGAAUAAUCCAUUAAACAUUAAGAAUUACGUGAAAUAAUAUAAACGAUCACGAUUUAAAUAGACAGAAAUACGCAGAGCAAUGAAUAUCGCCCGUACGUUAUGCGUGAAACAGUUAAACGGUAUAAGUAGAACCGUAUCCAGGAAGAUUGGUUUUACGGCCACAAAUUACGAAGCUACCAAUGCCGUUCAGCCUAAAAUCCAAGAAGAAAAGUUCGACUUCGAGGACCUACAGGUAAUCGAACGUACUGAGCAGAGGAAACCCAAAAUACCACCAUUUAUGAAGGAUGUCUUCGUGUCCGUAUUCCAACGCGACUUACUCGCCUACCCGGAGAUUUUGGACAAAGAGGAGACCGAAAGCAUGGAGAAGAGAGCCGAAACGCUAGACAAAGUGUUCCAAGACAAAACGAAAUCGAAAGAGGAACGUAGGAAUGUUUUGAAAAGUACCAAAAUGUAUGCAGCACCCGUUAAUUGGACUAGGAACGGUUUGGCGGCUAAUCAAACAGAGAGCAUAAGGUAUUUAGAAACCGUAUCCCCAGAUUUUGAAUUGGCUCAUGAGCUCAGUGAUCACUGGGUCGCGUUGCGUGCCCUUCAGCAUGGACUCACUGCAGAACAGUAUGCGGCUGUAAUUGAUGAACUGUCGACAGGAGAUGCAACAGUAACUUUAUGCAUCAAAGAGAGAAUUGCUGAAAGAUUGGCCCAGCCCGACUUCAGGACGACUGCUACUUUGGAUGCUCAAGGGGUCUGGCGUAUAACUGGCGAGAAACUAUGCACGAGGGGAGAUGGCUUUAUGCUUGUCCUGUGCAAAGUCGAAGCCGACCACCUGAAAGCUUUCCUGGUCCAUCCGGGGGCUACCGGCGUGACCUUCGACGGAAACUUUGUUCAUUUCCAGAAAACAAUCGGUACACCCCUCCCGCAAAUACCCAACGCUGAUCUAGGCAAGAUAUUCGGUAUCUCUCGUCUCCAUGCCGCCACGCUGUGCCGCUGCCAACUCAAGUAUGCAAUCAGCAAGAUUGUGGAGUACGUCAAGCCCAGGUCAUUCUCCGGUAAACCUCUUGCGGAGUUGUCGACGAUACGAGCAAUAGUUGGAGAGUCGUUGCUCCAUGUGUAUGCCAGCGAAAGUACUGAGUACUUCACAGCCGGACUCAUAGAUGGAUACGUUGAUCCGGACGCGGAACUAGAGAUGGCCAUGUGCAGGAAUUACAUCAACAGUCGUGGUCUAUUUUCCCUGAUAAAUCUCCUGGAAAUUCCUGCUCUAGAAGAAGAGGAGGAGUGCAAGAAGAUUUUUGAUCGGAUGAGGAUCCUCGCGAGCGGAGGCGAAAGUUUAGAUGGAAUUAAUACUUUUAUAGCCCUAAACGGAAUCCACCACGCCGGCAAGAUAAUGGCGGAAGAGAUCAAACAAAUAAGGAAUCCUUUGAUGCAUCCCGCUUUCAUCAUCAAGAAGGCUCUGUCAAAUAGACAUCAAGUCAAGGAUGAGCCGAAACUGACUCUCCACUUGUCAGAGCACCUCCACCCGACCCUCAAGCCGGCGUCAGAUCAGCUCGAGUACUGCGUCCUCAGGAUGAGGUUCGCUUGCGAAACCCUAAUGUCCAGGCACGGAAUGGAAGUCUCUGUGGCGUACAUGGAACUGAAGAGAUUAGCCGAAGCAGCCACGCUGAUCUUGGCCAUGACCUCGGUUCUGGCGAGGGCUUCAAGGGCAUACUGCAUAGGUCUUCGCAACGCGGAGAUCGAAAUGAAGCUGGCCACGUGCUUCGUGAGCAAAACGAUAUCUGAAGUUCGUCAGCUGAUACUGGACAUAGACAACGGGGAGUUCCUGAACCACGACCGGUUCAAGGUCGAGUUCGGCAGGAAGGUCCUCGACACUAACACCGUGCUGGUGGAGCGGCCCACUUCGAGGGUCUUCUGGUGAUGCAAACCAAUAAAUGAAUAAACGCUAGACCUUCGC